AUGUAUCUCCAACAGGUUAAAUUAUGGUGUGAUUGCCCUUUCUGGCCUGAUGAUGGGAUGUGUAAAAUGCGUGAUUGCAAUGUAUGCGAGUGUCCAGAACAUGAAUUCCCAGAAUCUUUUAAAACACCAUCAUUAAAUGUUCUUCCAAAAGAUGAUCCUGUAUGUCAAGAGGGAAAACCAGAAGCUACUGUGGAUCGAACCCUAGAUGACAAAUCAUUUAAAGGCUGGGUAGAAGUAGAUAAUCCAUGGACUCAUGAUGAUGAAACUGAUAAUGAAGAAAUGACGUAUGUGAAUCUGCAAUUAAAUCCCGAACAUCAUACUGGAUACACGGGUCCAUCAGCUAGAAGAAUAUGGGUUGCUAUAUACUCGGAACAUUGUCCAAGAUAUGCAUAUGGGGAGAUGUGCCCAGAGAAGAAAGUACUAUACAAGCUAAUAUCUGGUCUUCACUCCUCAAUUUCAAUCCACAUAGCUGCUGAUUAUCUUCUUGACAUAAAAAAUAAUAAGCGGGGUCCAAAUCUUAAAUUGAUGCGUGACCGAGUCUUGAAACAUCCUGAUCGCGUGCAAAAUCUUUACUUCACUUUUUUAUUCAUUCUUAGAGCUGUGACAAAAGCAGGUGGUUACUUGGAUGAGGCGGAGUAUGAUUCAGGGAACGAUUUGGAGGAUGUGAAAGCGGGAGAAUUGAUAAGAAGAUUGGUACAUAAUCCCAAAUUGCAAGCUGCAUGUGCACUUCCAUUUGAUGAAGCUGAAUUAUGGCAAGGUCAAGGUGGGCCCAUGCUCAGGCAACAGAUCCAGAAUCAAUUUCUAAACAUCAGUGCAUUGAUGGACUGUGUGGGGUGUGAGAAGUGUCGUCUUUGGGGAAAACUUCAGAUUCUUGGUAUUGGAACGGCGUUAAAGAUUCUGUUUUCUGUUAAUGAUAAGGGAAACCCCAGACACACAUUUGCUGUUACAAAGAAAUGAAGUGAUUGCUCUAGUUAAUUUACUAAAUCGGCUAUCGGAAUCUCUUAUAUUCGUUAAUAAAAUGGGGACUCCUCCUGCUAAAGAAAUAAUCAGUAGACCAUGGGGAUUCUCGUCAGUGGCUUAUUGGUGGCCAAAAUCUAACCAACAAUUGUCAUUGUCAACAAACACCACCGAUCCAUUUUGAUAAUGAGACAAGAUCAAAGUGAAGAUAAAAAAAUUAGAGCAGCAAAAUAUUAUAAUUUGAGCUUGAAUUUCAUUUCUUUGGUUCUUUGGUAUGUAACA